GGAAAAGGAAUCAAUCCUCUCCCUGAUUCAGCUCUGCGAUUCCAUCUUCUACUGCUGAAAAUGUCCUGCUGCGGAGGAAACUGUGGCUGUGGCGCAGGUUGCAAAUGCGGCAGUGAUUGCAGUGGCUGUAAGAUGUUUCCAGAUGUCACCGAGAACAAUACCAGGGAUACUCUCGUUCUGGGCGUCGCUGUUACCAACAAAGUGAACUUUGAGAAAUCUGGUUUGGCUUCAGCGUCGGAAUCCUCUGCAAUGGCUUCACCUCCAAUACUGAGCUGGUGGUUAUGGAGUCAAAACCCCUAACGGCGCGAAAGAAGAAGCUCUAGCGAAAUCUGCUCUGAUACCAUGUAAAGUGAGGCGAAAGUGGAGGGUGCAAAACAACUUACCGAGCUGCUCACCCUUAGCAGCAUAUAAAUAUUAGGUUAUAUAAAAUGUAAAGUUACAU